AUGGCCUCCACAUUCGCCAUCGCCCCUGCCGUGAACCCAAAGUUCAGCUUGAGCGGCCACAUGCCGGCCAACGCUGCCGCCCUCGCUGCUUCAAAGACCCUCUCUGAAGCCAUUGCAGAGAAAGCCGCCGCCGUCUACAAGCACUAUCACGAGGACGCUCCCGUCGAUAGCGCGAGCACCAAGAAGGCCAAGGUCAAGCGCUGCGAGACCUGCAAGCCUCUCCGCAAGUUCUGCCACCACAACGCGCCUAUCGAGGUGGGUUCCAAGAACGAUGUCGACGCUGCGGCUAAGAAGAUCUUCCAAUUCUUCGUCGGCCAGUACUACAGCCAGACGCUCGACAUUGUCAGCGCCGCUCAGGCCUUCUUGGAGCGGCGCGAGUCGAAGGGUGAAGCGACCGAGUUUGUGGUCGACUUGGUUUUGGGCAUCGUCGGGGUCAUCCAGGCCUAUCAGACGGUGCCUCAGCCAAACGUCACCAUUCCGCCGACGCCUUACACCUGGAACACGAUUCCAAAGGGUACGACCAGUGUGAUCUACACCGGCACGGGGUACUUUGACGAGGUGAAUGUGCUGGUCUUCGAGAAUUUGGUCGAGGCUAUGGAUGGAGGUGGACCAGACGGCACGGAGGGGAACGCCGGGUGGGGUGUUGCUGCUGGGCCUGCUGCUGGUGGUGGUGGCGACGACGACGAAGAGAGUGACGAGGGUGAGGAGGGCGGUGACAGCUCUGAUUGA